AUGGUGGGCAAGCAGAUUGGUGCGGGUUCGUUCUCGACGGUGUGGCACGCGCGCCACCGGGUCCACGGCACGGAGGUCGCGAUCAAGGAGAUCGUCACCUCGCGGCUCAACCCCAAAUUGCAGGAGAGCCUCAAGUCGGAAAUUUUCAUACUUAAGAGGAUUAAUCACCCGAAUAUCAUCCGAUUGCACGACAUGAUCGAGGAAUCUGGAAAGAUAUACAUUAUAUUGGAGUAUUGCAAAGGAGGAGAUCUUUCCAUUUAUAUUCAACAACGCCAAGGGAAAAUCUCUGAGGAAACUGCAAAGCAUUUUAUGCAGCAGCUAGCGGAGGGUCUAAAAGUACUUCGUGAAAACAAUCUUAUACACCGGGAUUUAAAGCCGCAGAAUCUCCUCCUUUCCACAAACGGUGACAACAGUGUCUUGAAGAUUGCCGAUUUUGGCUUUGCGAGAUCUCUACAACCUAGAGGCCUUGCCGAAACUUUAUGUGGUUCACCUCUUUACAUGGCUCCAGAAAUAAUGCAGCUCCAAAAAUAUGAUGCUAAGGCAGAUCUCUGGAGUGUUGGUGCCAUUCUUUUUCAACUUGUAACUGGAAAAACCCCAUUUACUGGAAAUAAUCAGAUAGAGCUGCUCCAAAACAUCAUAAAAUCGACUGAAUUGCAAUUUCCCCCAAGAGCAGUGGAUUUGAACCCUUUUUGCAAGGAUUUAUGUAGGAAAUUACUGCGUCGUAAUCCAGUGGAGCGGCUGACAUUCGAAGAAUUUUUUAACCAUCCGUAUCUGUCACAUGAGCAGCCCGAUGAGUUCCUUGGAAAUAAUCAGUCUGAAAGAACGUCCGAUGGAUUUUCUCUUUCCACAAGGAAUAAUAUGGAUCAAUCUUCGCAAGAAGACUGCUUGCCGUUCAGUCUGGAUGACGAUUCGAGUGGCCCAGAUGGCAGUCCCUCUUACCAAACGAAGCCCACCAUGAAAUCACUUUAUGGAUUUUCUCCCAAAACAAAGCACGAAAAAACAAAGGUUGUAUCUAACAUUGGAAACAAAACGGACCCUUCAACAUAUAGUGGAAUUUUAAAACCGCGUUUUUCUGAAGGAAUCCUCGUGGAAGAGUCUCUUAAAACCGCUAAGAGCUCGGUAAUACUAGAAGCUAAUCCAAAAGUUACAGACUCGCUCGAGUCGAUUGACCAGGAUUAUGUAAUUGUGACCGGUCCUCUGAUGGACUUAUCAUCCUCGGCCAACGUGUCCAAAACCGGCACCAAACCUCUUUAUUCCGAGAAUGUGGGCCCCACAAGUGCUCCAGUGCCAAUAGUUCGUGGGGCAAAUGGUGGGCUCGAAAGUAGACUAUCUGGCCCCGAGAUUUCAGAAGGGUCAAUAGAUGUAAUAACAGAUGCUUUAGAUCAACCGUCAACCGACCACACGACACGAAUUAUCUCCUUGCGGCAAUAUGCAGCCGCCAUUACUGAACUAGUUAACGAUAAGAUGGAUGGAGGAAAAGAGCUCGAAGCCUUUUCGGUUCAGCUUGUGAUUCUUGCUAUUUGGAAGCAAGCGUUGCAUAUUUGUCAUACUCAUGCAGCUUCGGCUCCCGGCCGGGAGACUACAGAUAUUCAAGAGUCCCUUGAUAAUACGACUAAGGCACAAGGGCCACAUGAUAUUUGUUCCGAGAUAGAGGGAGCAUUUCUUCACGAGUUCGAGCGAGCUGAGGAACUUGCUAAACUAGUGGACCAUGGAAAUGUGGAGUUGCCAGAUGCAAUGGAAAUGGUAUAUCAGUCUGCCCUUGCAUUAGGCAGACAUGGUGCGGUGGAUGAAUACAUGGGAGAUAUUGAGAGUGCCGUGCUCUUCUACUCGAAAGCAUCAUGUUUGCUAAUGUUUCUCCUGGUAGAAGCACCGUGCCUCAUUUUGAAUCCGCCAUUCUCAUUGACAAACUCAGACCGUUAUCGCAUAAAGAAUUACAUCGAUGUCCUCAACAACAGGCAAAGCGUUUCGAGGUCCCAAAGAGUGGCUGUUCUGAAUGUGGAGAAUCAGGCACACAAUUUCUUAAACUGA